AUGGAGACCUUGACUACUUUUCUUCUUUUGAUCUCUUCGGUCUGCUUGAUAUGUAGCCAGGCCCAUCUUCACCUCCGAAGCUGGUUUUUCAACAAGAGAAAGCUUCCUCCCGGCCCAACUGGCCUUCCCAUGAUCGGGAACCUCCUUGCAAUCGGUGAUACGCCCCACGAGUCCUUAGCCAAGUUGGCCAAGAAGCACGGCCCCCUCAUGACCGUACGACUCGGGUUCGUCACAACGGUGGUUGCUUCUUCAGCAGAAAUGGCGAGGGAAAUCCUCCAGAAGAAUGACCAAGCAUUUCUAGGGAGAGCCAUGCCAGAUGCUGUAGCCGCGGAGGCUAACUUCGAGCUGUCAAUGGUAUGGCUACAGGGGGAUAAAAAGUGGAUAAGCCUUAGAAAAAUAUGUAAUAGCCAGAUGUUCACAACACAGAGACUUGACGCGCUGCAAGGCCUGCGACACCAAAUGAUGGAUACUUUGGUCCGAAAAGUGGUUGAAGCCAGUGAAACUGGGGAAGCCAUUAAUAUUGGGAGGUUAGUGUUUGGAACCACGUUAAGUUUGUUGUCCAACACCAUGUUCUCAGUGGACUUAAUUGAUAAAAAAUCAAAUAGUAUUCAAGAACUAAAGGAGCAUGUUGGGACGAUAUUGGAACUUCUGGGGAAGCCUAAUGUUUCAGACUUUUUCCCUUUGCUAAAGCCAUUCGAUCUACAAGGCAUCAGGCGGACUAUUAAGGUACCUUACGAUCGAUUGCAUGCGUUGCUUGAUGAGGUGAUUGAUCGACGUUUGAAAUGCAGAACCUCUGCAUCACCGAGGUGUAACGACUUUUUGGAUGUCCUCCUUGACCAUGGCGAAGAACAUGGCCCUAAGGAAUUUAACCGCGAGGAUAUCAAGAUUUUGCUAACGGACAUGUUCAUUGGAGGAACUGGUGCAACUACCACUAUAGUGGAAUGGGCAAUGGCUGAGCUGCUUCGCAAUCCAGGAAUGAUGGCCAAGGCAAAACAAGAACUUGCUAAAACAAUCGGAUCAGGACGUCGAACCAUUCAAGAGAAAGAUAUCUUACGACUUCCUUAUCUACAAUCAGUCUUGAAAGAAACGAUGCGGCUUCAUCCAACAGCACCUUUGCUGCUGGCUCAUCGUGCUUUGAUCGAUGUACAAGUUUGUGGAUACACCAUUCCAAAGCACACUCCGGUGAUCGUGAAUGCAUGGGCAACAGCCCGAGACCCCAUGUGUUGGGACAAGCCAAAAGAGUUCAUACCAGAGAGGUUCAUGGCUGGCGGCUCUGCAGAAGUGGAUUACAGGGGCACAAACUUCUCGUUCAUCCCGUUUGGUUCUGGGCGGCGGAUUUGCCCAGGUUUGGCUCUUGGGGUACGAAUGCUUAGCUUGUUGCUCGCUUCUCUGAUUCAUCUCUUCGAUUGGAAGCUCCCUGAUGGAAUGGCAUCUGAAGAGAUUGACAUGAGAGCCAAAUUUGGAAUUGCAAUGCAGAACCCGCUGGUUGUCAUUCCCCACUUGGUUGUGGCCAAAGCUAAUGAAUAA